CUUGAUGUAUUCUCUUAGAAUGAUGUAUCAUUGGAAACAAUCAUCAUAAAUGAAAUAAUCAUGUUGAUUGUGGAAUUUUCUUACACAAUUGGUUGAAAUUAUCUUCAGAGAGAAAUUGGAGCCUUAUUGGUGUAUUUUCGCAAGAACUGUCAGCAACUGCUUCUUUGAGAGAGGUUUACAAAUCAAUAUUUAAAUGAAGUGAAUAUAGUGAAUGAAUAAAUAAAUAUCUAAAUAUUGAAAAAUUAAUUGAUGAUGAUUUUUCUAUCAUCAUCAACAUAUCAACAAUUAUUCAUAUUCAUAUGGUUGCUAAAUCAUCAGUUAUAUUCUACAACUGCUAACACUGUGGAAACUGGAGCUGGAAAAAAUAUUUCUAUCAUCAUUAUCAUAUCAACAAUUAUUUAUAUUUAUAUGGCUGCUAACUCUCAGUUGUAUUCUACAAUUGCUAAAACUGAUGGAGAUGAUGAACUGAGGAAACUGGAGCUGGAAAAAGCUGUGUCAACAGUGAAGAAUGCGCGGAACAUGAAUGGUGCAUGUACUCUGUAUGUGAGGACGCAUGCGCGGAACUCGAUUGCCUACGAUUUUUGGAUUCGAGUGUAA